AUGGUUGCAAGAUUAGCCAUGGCGUCACUAAAUCUCAUUCAACCUUCGGCCGAUUUAUUGCAAAGCUUGCAAAGCAUCUGCCAAUAUGUGGACGAACAGUCAGACGAACAUCUUCUCAGCGAGUUGGAACUUCAUGUCCAACAGGGAGAUUUCACCCUCGGCCUGAUUGCUGCGCAAGAUCGCCUUUUCCUCCAGCAUGAACUCUACCUCAUUGGAUUCAACCAAAUCGUCAAUGAGCUUGAGGACGUCCUUCGUCUAACAAGUGCGCUCUUAGAUAGGCUGCAAGAUCCGUCGGGUAGCCAUGUUGUACGAAGAAGCAGUGGCUUAGCUGAAGAUUCUUUGAGCGGCGAACUAACUUGCGACAAGUUUGCUGCUAAUCUUCAGCACUUACUUCGGAGCCUGCAACAAAUUGCGCUGGAAGCAAUCAUACGCCACUAUCUUAAUGUAAUUGAAGCAAACCUUCUGCAUGGGCACCUCCACUGGCAACACUCAAAGCGCCUUGGUGAAGGCUGGUUCGCUGAAUGGCCGAACGGUCAUCGUCCACUAAGCACCACUUGGCCAUGGAACAUCAAGCCAUCACUGUUAGUCUUAUGGGGCGUUUGCUGGAUGUUCUAUGGACCUUCUGGCAGCAAUAAUAGAAAAAGAACAACACGCAAUCCGAGAGGAGCAGCACAAUUAAGCGAUGACUUACGGACAGGACCACUUGGCAGCCAAUCACAGCCGAGUCAGCAACAAAAUCCCUCUGAAGCUUGGGCUGGCCCUGCUUCAAAUACUUAUCCCAACUAUUCAUGGUUGCAUCCAACCCAAGCAGGCGUUGCGCGCCGCGCUAAUAAUAAUGAUCCUAUUACACCCGGAAAUACGUUGCCUAGAUCGUACGCAACUAGUGUACCUUUGUAUCCUUAUAUAUCUGCUCCAGAAGACUCUUCCUCAGACCACUAUCCGACCUCUACAGUCACGUGGCCUUAUUGCCAAGGCAUCAACCUUGGUUCAUCUCCGGCAUACGCACCCAGCUACUCUCCUUGGCAGACCCAGUCACCUUUCCAUCCGACAGGAGGUGUAACAACAACACCGCAACGCACUGACCGAAGCAAUAUAGUCCAGCCCUAUGUUCAGAGAACCCAAACGGCGGAUACAGGAAAUCCUCAAGUGGCAGCCGGGAGCCUUGGGAGCCUUGGGUUUGGUCUAGGGUUGCACAUGAGCGAUAUGCAAGACUACCCCAGCCCUGGCAGCAGCACCUCGGGCCAAACUACUUCCUCAUAUGUUUCUGUGCUUCCACCAAACGUACUAAGAUCUUCCAUGCCUUUGAUGCCAUCUCCAAGCGUGGCAGGUAGUACGGGUUCUCGUCAAAGUAGCCGCCGGUCUCAAGAACCUCCUCGAAAUGCAGAAGGCUUGCUGUAUUGCAACCACGCGGAACAUGCACAACAGCAGCCCCCUGUCUUUUCGAGGAAGUGCGAAUGGAAGAAACACAUGGACAAGCACGAGAGACCUUAUGUCUGCGAAGAGCCCGAAUGCGACAAUAUCCGCGGCUUCACCUAUUCUGGCGGUCUACUUCGCCAUCAACGAGAGGUACAUCGCCAGCAUGGCGGGCCCAAAGCAUCUUCCAUGUGCCCAUAUCCAGAUUGCAAGCGCCAUGUUGGCGUAGGCUUCUCGCGCAAGGAAAACCUGGCCGAGCAUCUUCGCCGGGUCCACAGAGACGCCGGCGCCGAUCAAACGCAAGAAGAAGGCCCAGAGAGCGCGCAGAAUACGACGUCUGCGACGUCGGGAACCGGGAGAAAGCGUAGGAGAGCGGUGCCGGACGAUGAUGGCGGUGGUGAAGAGGACCUCGAACAGGAGGUGAAAAAGUUAAAGAAGGAGUUGCAAGAGAAAGACGAAAGGUUAGAGAAGUUGGAAAGGCAGGUGCAACUGCUGAUCAGGGGUCAAAAACAAUAG